AUGUCAGGUAGAGGUGCAGCACAACCACAGGAAUCUUCAGCAUUUGAAAAAUUUAGAGCAUCCCCGGCUUUCACUGUUGGUUUGAACGUUGUUUUGUUUGCCGCAGGUGUUGCAUUGAUUCAAUCGCCAGUGAUGGAUAUGUUGGUUCCGCAAUUAUAA